GUCUUGCCUCGAUACUCUGUAGGAUCUGUGUUGCUCUUAAGUACCUACCAGUUCCAUCAAACUUGCUCUGAGGCAAUUUCAGCUUCCAACUGAGUCGCGAUGUCCCAGCCAAUCUCCUUGCUUGGUCUUCUUGUAGCUAUUACGCCUCUGGCACGAGCACAGUACAGCGAUAGCUCCACACCAUCCUUUACGCUGCCGUCCGGCUACACUGUGUCCAGCUUCAACAACUCCGCACAACCCACAGCAUACAACCGCAGCGAUUUCUCACCCAAUGCCCUCGCGUCGCUUUGGGAUCUCGUAGGCCCUGUGGCCACUGGUCCAGUGACCAGUACAGCUUCUCCGACACCAGAACCCACGGCGUAUGCUCAGCCAGAUGGCGAGGUCUUCCAUCCGUUCGUCAGUAGUAGCUACCCAGAGGCGAAAGAUUUGAAGCUUCCUGCUGGCUUCAAGUGGGGAUUUAGCUCCUCGGCAUAUCAAAUUGAAGGUGCCGCGAAGGAUGAGGGGAAAGGACCGAGUAUCUGGGACUUGCUGUCUCACCGCGUUCCGAACUUUGUCAGCGACAACUCUACAGGAGAUGUAGUUGCGAGUAAUUACUGGCUUUACAAGCAAGACAUUGCGAGACUCAAGGGGCUGGGCAUACCUGCAUUUAGCCCCAGUUUCUCGUGGCCGCGCCUCUUCCCCUUCGGCCAUGGACCGGUCAAUGAACAAGCGGUGCAGCAUUAUGACGAUGUCAUCGCCGAGAUGCACGCCAACGGCAUUACACCCGCUAUCACUCUCUUCCACUGGGACACACCUCUCGCUCUGUUCACCGAGUACGGCGCCUGGACCGACCGACGCAUUGUCGAUCACUUCUUCAACUAUGCCAAGUUCGUGAUUUCUCGUUAUGACGAGUAUGUGGAUGAGUGGUUCACCAUCAAUGAGCCACAAUACUGCAACUGGCAAUACUCCUACUAUCCAGCUGGAAAGUACUACCCAGCGCCAAAUAACGUCACCGGCGGUCCUGAGGCCCGCUUCCUAUGCGGUCACCACACGCUGCUAGCACACGCCAAGGUCGCAAAGUGGUAUCACAACGAGUUCAAAGGCCGCCACAGAAUCACCUUCAAGAACAGCGGCAACUAUUACGAAGCCAAUAGCACAUCACCCGGCGACGAGGAAGCACGACAGCGCAACUUCGACUUUAGCAUCGGUUGGUUUGGAGGACCCUGGACUGAUGGCGACUACCCGGCCUCUCUGAAGUUAACGCUAGGCGACCUGCUGCCCAAUCUUACACAAGAAGAUAAAGACAUGAUCAAAGGAUCCUGUGACUUCUACGCAAUCGACCCGUACAGCUCCUUCCUCGCCUAUGAGGUCGACGGCGGCCUCGAAGCUUGCGUGUCCAAUCGCUCGCACCCGGGCUUCCCGGACUGUGCCGGCAGCACGAGUCUCGCACCGAAUGGGUUCCCGAUUGGCCCAGCUGCGGAUCCGGCAAUGAGCUGGUUGUACAGCGCGCCGUCCGGCGUGAGACGGUUCUUGAAACAUAUCACUACCGAGCUGUUUCCUAGUAUUCCGGAUAUCGUGGUCACCGAAUUCGGGUUCGCGGAGCCGUUUGAGAGCCAGUGGAAUACUCUGGCCCCCGCGCUGUGGGAUCUGCGCAGAGCGGAUUAUUUGCAGCAGUAUCUGGAUAACAUUCUAUUGGCUAUCCAUGUGGAUGGGGUGAAUGUUACUGGGGCGUGGGGAUGGGCGAUCUUUGAUAACUUCGAGUGGGGCUUGGGCACGAGUGUGAGGUUUGGACUGCAGUACGUGAACUACACGAGCUUGGAGAGGACACCGAAGGCCAGUGUGUUCCAGUUCUUGAAUUGGUUUAAGGAACAUGAGGAGACGGGUAAUGCGACGAUGCGAAUGGUAUGAGAAGAACAAGGUUCUCCAGAAGUGAGACUUACAUCUGUUACCGGAGUCGCAUGUAACGUAAAGUUCGAGAAGGAUUAUAGAUGAGGCAAUCCCACAGACAGUCAUCCGUUUCGCGGAUCAAAACUUGAGAAGGUAAUAUGAAC